AUGUUCCAUGGGUUGCCAAGUGAAGACCCCAUUGAUCACCUUGAUGAGUUUGAUAGGUUAUGUGACUUGACUAAGAUCAAUGGUGUCUCUGAAGAUGCCAUCAAGCUGAGACUCUUCCCUCUGUCUCUUUCUGACAAGGCUCACCAAUGGGAGAAGAGCCUGCCCCAUGGCACAAUCACCACUUGGGAUGAGUGCAAGAAGGCGUUUCUCGCCAAGUUUUUCUCCACCGGCCCACUCAAGCCCAGCAAGAAGACCUCGAGCCCACCAAGCGACUCCCUCAUAAGCCAGCUAACUGCCAUCCGAGCUAUUCCGGUUGACGUAAAGACGAGCUCCAGCUCGAUCAAAGACCAGGUCUGCACUGCGAAGAAAGACGAAGUCAAAGAAGAUCUCCUCCAAAUCCGGUCUGGUCCGAGAUCACCGGGAUCGUUAGCUGCACGUGGCGAGAUACGCGGAGCGUCCAACCGCACAGACCGGCUGGCCGAGAAACUAUUGUUUCACGCUCGGCCAAAGUUCGAAACCGACCGGCCGAUCACAUAUCACGACCCGGGAAACAUGAGCCCGCGGUCGGCCAAGCUACAACCGUUUCAUGCCACGCUGCGCACGACCAUGCCGCGCGACCCGGGGAACAAAGCCUCGCGGCCGCGCAACCCACUUCGCGUACCACGGCCGAUGCAUUCGUCCGAGCCGGGAAAGAACGUCCCACGUCCGGCCGAGAAACCAUUGGCCAAAUCUUCAUUCAUCCAACCACGCCGGCCGACCGUUAAAUCAUCCGGCCACGACCGUGAAAUCAAUAGCCAGUUUGUAACUAUGGAUUUUGAGUACACUUUGUAA